CCUUUACAAUAUGAAUCGAGCAUACCUAUCUCUGCCAGAGGGGACAGCUUCUGUGGUUGGCCUAAUAGCAAUGAUGACAGAUCACUACAAUGUCCUGAUAACUGGGUUGGUCAAUCAGGUGGUUAGCAGUUUAGCUAAGAGGGGAGCUAGGUCUCUAUAGAUCCUUCUGGCAGAUACUUGUUCUCCUUGAGUGCUUGAAGAUUUAGCGUGGAUACUUUGCAAAUUUUGUUUCUUUUAUUGGUCGCAUGUGUUUUGACUUUAGAAGAAUAUCUCUUUGUUUGUUUCUUUCAUUAUAUCUAAUAAAGCUUUGUUUCUUAUAUGAAAUAAUGAACUGGUGCAGCAUGUUACUUCCAUUGAGAUAUAGGCAUCUUCUAAUCGAUCUGGGACUUGUAUGUUGUAACCUGAUAAAGAUACCGCAUUUUGUAUGCUAUUCCUAAUUAUGCUUUUUCAAGUGAAUGAGAGGUGGCUACGUGUUUCAUUUAUGUACUGUGACCUCUGCUUACAAUUGCUUUUACUAAGCUGCUUCUAGCUACAUUUUAACAGUUCUUUAAUUUGAAUUUGACAUAAUAUUCUUGUUAAAAUCUAGAAUCAUUAUUAGUGGGCCUUCAAACUGCACCAUCUUUAGACAUAAGUGAUUUUGAUCUAAAUCUAUUGUCAGUGUCCAUAUCUUGUAGGUUUUUAUUUUUUACUUUUUCUUCCAAGUUUGGUUCGGCAUGAGAAUAUUCCUAGGUGAAUCACUAUUCUGUUUACUCCCUUGGAAUGGAUUCAGUUUUGCUCCUUAAUUCUAUGGAUUGUAAACUGUCAGGGAGGUGGCGACAACGAGAGCAAUGAUGUUUCAGGUACACCUCGAAAAACUCAGAAGCCUGUGCGGGGAAAAGUUCAUCUUAGCAUCUCAAAAGAAGAGCUUUUGCAGCCUCCAUCAGUUGCAAAUGAUGGAUGCCUAUCAUUAUUGAAGAGGAGUCUCUCAGAUGGUAUUCGUCCACAUGCUGUUAGGAAAAGGACACCUCGCUUCCCGGUUUCAUGUUCAUAUAAAAAAGGCAAUGAGGAAAGUUAUUUUUCUUUGAAUAAAGUAAGCCUGAGAUCAGAUAUGGAUACGACUGAUGAUGAGGUUGCACACGUGGCAGCAUUAACACUAACGGAGGCUUCACUGAGAGAGGGCUCUCAUGCUUCUCAAGCCCCAUUCAGAAGAACAGAGCACAUGAAGGCAUCACCUGUUCAGAGCAGGGAAAGAAUGCCUUUGCAGAUGGUCCAGACCAAGAUUCAUGGUAUUGUGACGGAUGAAGACUAUUUUGAAGGUAAUUUAGAAAGCAGGGGAGCUGAGAAUGGAGAUUACGCUGGAGAUACAUGCUCCUUGAUGGAUUCGGAAUGUGUUGGUACAGUAGUUCUUCAAGAGGGGAAGAAGUUUUGUGAUAAUGAGAAAGUUGAAGAAAUUGGAAACAAUCAGUUUGAUGAUUGUAGGGAAGCAUGUAGUGACACUGAAGGACACAAUAUGAAUCCUGUGAAGAGAAAAAUUGAUACUGAGGUGACAAAUGCUAAAAUUGAGCCCAGCUCUCCAUGUGGUCAAAGGAAGAGGAGCAAAAAACUUUUCUUUGGAGAUGAAAGCUCUGCCUUAGAUGCCCUGCAAACAUUGGCCGAUUUGUCUCUUAUGAUGCCGGACUCUGCUGUAGAAUCUGAAUCAUCUAUACAGUUGAAGGAAGAAAAAAUAACCCUUGAUAAUGUACAUGAAGCAAUGUUUGCAAGCCAUCAAAGGGACAAGAAUAAGCUCAUGGUAGCUAAAGAGAGAGUAGUUAAAGCAAUUCCUGGAGUUGAGGUUACUGCCUCUAUAAAAUACGAACAUGGAAGGGACUCAGCCAUUGAUGUUAAUGCUCUUUCAGAAGCACAGCAACGACCUGAAUCUAACAAUAAACAAUUGAAAAGGAAAGACAAGUCCUUGGCAUCAAAGGCCUUAGCUGAAGAAGAGAAUAAAUCUAUGGUUAAAGGUAGACAUGCUGGUCAAAUUGCUGCUCUGUCAAAACAAUGGAAAUCUGUCAGACCUCUGGAGCAUUCUUUAAAUAGUGAUCAGAAAGAAGCAAGGAAUGAUUUAGCAGGUUCCACUGCAAGCCAUGUUAACUUACCAACCAAACAGAGAAGUAGGCGGAAGAUGCAUCUGAAGAAAACAUUGAUCCAGAAAGAGAUGAAGUCUCCUGAGAAUAGUUUUAGUAAACAAUCCAGUAAAUACUCUACUUCACUACAAUACAGCACAGACUACCUAAAGAAGAAGAUUUCUUGUUCCUUAUCAUCUUACAUGGCACGUAGAUGGUGCACUUUCGAGUGGUUCUACAGUGCAAUUGAUUACCCUUGGUUUGUUAAAAAAGAAUUUGUAGAGUACUUAGAUCAUGUUGGACUGGGGCACAUUCAAAGACUAUCUCGUGUGGAAUGGGAUGUCAUAAGAAGUUCCCUUGGCAAACCUCGAAGGUUUUCUGAACGCUUUCUACAUGAAGAAAAAGAGAAACUUAAACAGUAUCGGAAGUCUGUUAGGACUCAUUAUACUGAGCUUCGUACUGGUGCCAGGGAAGGACUUCCCAGAGAUCUAGCGCGACCUUUAUCAGUUGGACAACGAGUAAUUGCUCUUCAUCCCAAAACGAGAGAAGUUCAUAAUGGAAGUGUACUCACAGUUGAUCAUGACAAGUGUAUGGUUCAGUUUGACCGUGCUGAGAUAGGAGUUGAAUUUGUCAUGGAUAUUGAUUGCAUGCCUUCAGAUCCAUUGGAUAAUAUGCCAGAAGCUCUUAGGAGACAGAAUUCUACUGUGGGCCAGUUCCUUGUGAAUUCUAAAGAGCAGAAAGUGAGGCAUCUUGUGAAUGCACAUACUCCCAUGAAUUCUUUGAUAAAGCAGGCAAAGGAAGCAUUGUUGAUGGAGCUUAGGCAUGCAAAUAAUGAUGUAUUGGGGAAUGAAGACGGGUUUCUAAAAGAUUCUGAAUCUUUGAAGAAGCAUUGUGCCAUGGUACUUGUACAUCUGAAGGAAGUUUCUUCUGCUCUUCUUUACUUGAGGCAAUGUGAAGCUUAUCCAGGAAAAACCCUUCCUCCCUGGUUGACAACCUCAACCAUUUCUAGUGGUCCUCUUAUGCCCCCAAGUUCUCUUGAUAAUCCAUCAUCCACCUCUCUAGAACCAGGAUUUAAUGUUGGGGAAAUUGUCUUGGGCUCACGAUCAAAAGCUCAUAAAAUGGUACAUGCAGCUAUGAAGGCAAUAGCAUCGAUGAAGCAAGGGGAAGAAGCGUUCACCAGGAUUGGAGAUGCUUUAGAUUCUAUGCACAAACAGCAAUUGAGAUCUGAUUCUGGGGUCUCAGUAUUGCGGGUAUUGGAUCCAGUCAAUGGCUCCUUUGCUCAUCCCAACCAGUUAACUUCCUUUACAUCAGAGCCUCUGCUGACAAGUCAUGCAUCUGGUCCAAAAUUGCCUAAUGAUUCUGGCAAAAUAGAAGCGCCAAUUGCAUCGGAGCUUAUCACUUCAUGUGUAGCUGCUUUGCUCAUGAUACAGACAUGUACUGAACGACAGUAUCCGCCAUCUGACGUUGCACAGAUAUUGGAUUCCGCGAUCAUCAGCUUACAUCCGGGCUGUCCUCAGAACCUCCCAAUCUACCGAGAGAUAGAAAUGUGCAUGGGAAGAAUCAAGACCCAGAUAUUAGCUCUUGUACCGACUUUACAUUGACACUGGCUAUUUGUCAUUAGAAGCAUGUAAAUAUGAAGCUGAACUGAACUCCUAUUUUCAGCUUCGGUUUCCAGUAAUAUUUCUUAUUUGUUUCUGUAAUUUCCUCAGAAAUCAAAAGCUAUACCAGUGACAGAGUCAGAAGGAUUGAGAUCAACAGAGAAUGAGCCAGCACUGAAAUUUCCACCUAUCAUCAAUAAUGACCAUGCAAGGAAAUAUUUGUAACCAUGACUAGAUGUUGAAUUGAGGCCCACAGAGAAACAACAUGUGAGCUGUUCUUUUAUUAGUAGAAUUAUUAAAACUUGUUAUGCUCA